CCUAUAAACUUUUUCCUUUUCUUAUGCUGCAUUCCAAUUUUUGUUUUGGGACUUAAAUUCCCUUGAUCUUACCAUUUCUUCUUUUCUUCUCUUGUUUUGUGAGACGGGGAUGAGCAGGGCUGCCUCCAGGCAAGUGCAGAAGAGGAUACUAACGCUACUGCAUGGGCGAAACACACGAACCCAUCUCUCACAGAUCCAUGCACAUAUCAUUAGGCACAACCUCCAAUACUUCAACCUCAUUCUCUCUCACUUCGUACCAGCCUGUGCCUCCUCUUCAAAAAUGUCUUAUGCUCGCCAAAUGUUCGACCAAGUCCAAAACCCAAAUAUCUAUCUCUUCAACUCCAUGUUCAGGGGCUACUUCCAGUCAGGCUCUUGCAAAGAGGCUCUCUCUCUCUACAAUUAUAUGCUACUAAGAGGUGUAUGCCCUGAUGCGUUCACAUUCCCACCUUUGCUCAGGGUUUCUCUCUCUUCUCUCAAGUUGGGUUCUCAAAUCCAUGGCCAAAUUUUGAGAAUUGGGUUCGAGAAAGAUGGUUCUGUUGGAAUAGGGCUAGUUGAGUUAUAUGCGACUAGGGGUUCGAUCAAUGAUGCUCAUAAAAUGUUCAAUGAAAUUGAGCAAAGAGAUGUUGUGGCCUAUAAUAUGAUGAUAUGUAGGUAUUGCAGAGAAGGAGAUUUAAGCUGUGCCUUUGCUUUGUUUGAUGAGUUAGGAGAGAGAAAGACUGUGGUUUCAUGGAAUGCGAUCAUCGGGGGUUAUGCGCAGAGGGGCCGGCAUAUGGAAGCUCUAGAGAUUUUUAGAGAGAUGUUUGAGAAUGGCAAUGUUAGGCCCGACAAUGCGACAAUCGUGACUGUUUUGCCAGUCUGUGCUCACUUGGGUUCUCUAGAUGUCGGGAGAUCGAUUCAUAAUUAUGCCAAAACCCAUGAUCUCAUGGAUGUUGUUAACGUAUCCAAUGCUCUUAUUGAUUUAUAUGCAAAAUGUGGGGACUUGUCUAGCUCUAGAGUCAUUUUCGAUGAAAUGCCCAAGAGGAAUGUGGUCUCUUGGAACGCAAUGAUCUCGGGGCUUGCUGUUAAUGGACAUGCCAAGGAUGCAAUUUCUUUGUUUGAGGAGAUGAAGAGGGAGAAAAUUGAACCAAACGAGGUCACUUUUAUUGCGCUUUUAAAUGGUUGCACUCAUGCAGGGAUGGUGCAGACAGGUCGGAUAUUGUUUACAACCAUGCUUAAGGACCAUGGGAUUGAGCCCAAGGUUGAGCAUUAUGGGUGCAUGGUUGAUCUUUUAGGGCGAUCUGGGUUUGUAGAGGAGGCUCAUGAGCUCAUUAAAGCCAUGCCCAUGAAGCCAAAUGCUGCCAUUUUUGGUGCAUUUCUAAGUGCUUGUAGAAUUCAUGGACAGCUGAGCCUUGCAGAAUAUGCAGCUAAGAAACUAGUUGAAAUUGAGCAUUGGAAUCCAGGGAAUUAUGUUUUGUUAUCGAACGUGUAUGCGGGGGCAGGGAAAUGGGACGAGGUAGAGAAGGUGAGAGAAAUGAUGAGGGACAGAAGGGUGCAAAAGGCGCCUGGUUGGAGCCUGAUUGAGGUCAAUGGUGAAGGUCUUUGAAAGACGCAAGUUUGGAAAUUUCUUUGGUAUUUUCUCUGGUUAAUAGAGGAUUCGAGACACUAAAUUCUAAAUUCUCUGUAUAGUACUUGUAAUGUGCUUUGUACAAUCUAUGAAACCCAGAGAAAAUUACAUUCA